UUGGAAUGGGCAGGGUGAGAUAGAGAGAGAUAGGAGUGGUUCUCUCAGUCGCAGUUGCUUUGAAAGUUUUUCUAAAGGACUAUUCAUUCCUCUCUCCACAUAGAAGUGCAACAAGUCUAGAGGACAAAGUCCCAUUCCUGAAGCUUGAUUACAUCUCCCUGUCAAGAUGGGUGAGCAGGAGGACAUCUGUGACAGACUAUCAGGGUCUCAGAUAGAGGGAGAAAUGGAAGAACAGGAAGAGGGAGACGGAAAGAUGCAAUCUGCGCCUCUCACUUUCUCCCAUUUCUCUUCCUCUGUGCGGGCCAUGAUUCGGAUCAAACUAAAGUACCAGGCCAUUAAGAGGCGCCGUCUAGAGAUGAUGGUGGGGCCGGGGAACGGGGGGAUGGGUCUGGUCCAAACCGGGGCCGCCAGUCGCACCAGUCCCAAAAUCUUUACCUUUGAUAGCCUUACCCCCUCUACAAUGUCCUCACCCUCUUACAAUAGUUACCAGAAGAAAAGGAAGAAAAUUAGGAGAUCCCGUGUGAUGUUUCCUAGUGGAGGUGACUGCAGGGCGCCGCCUAAACAGGAACAGAGCCGUGCCAAGAACUGCCUCCUCCUGCUCUUGGCCAUUGUCUUUCUGCAGGUGUACAAUGCAAUAGAAAACCUUGAUGACCACGUCCUCAGAUAUGACCUGGAGGGUUUAGAGAAGACGCUAAGGAGGGAAGUGUUUAGUCAGCAGGGGGCAGUGGAGGCCCUGCUGUCACACUUGAAGGAUUACCUUUCCACCUAUGUCCACAGUAAGCCCCUGGUCCUAUCCUUGCACGGCCCAAGUGGAGUGGGGAAAAGCCACAUCGGGCGUCUCCUGGCUGGACACUUCCGAUCAGUGGUGGGGGAAUCACUGGUGCUCCAGUACUAUGUUCUACACCACUGCCCCCUCGAGACCGAAGCCUGGUACUGUGCCCGCGCCCUGUCCACCCUUGUCACAGAGAUGGUUACACGCGCUGAGGAGGACGAGAAGAUUCCAGUCUUCAUCUUUGAUGAAGUUGAGCACAUGCAUGGCGAGAUACUGGGUACCUUGAGGGACCUUGUGAUCUCACAGCACUCCAACGAGUAUCUGAACGCCGUUUAUCUUUUCCUUAGCAACCUGGGCCAUGGCCACAUCACCAAACACCUGCUGCACAAUUCCUCAAGUGGCUCUAUCACAAAUUCUGCAGUGGGGUGCCACAACAAUUUGGUAAAAGAAUUAUCCCUGAUAUUGCACAACACUCUGGAGAACAUUCAUCCAAUAUGGGCAGAGGCAGAGCUCCUUCCUUUGAUCCUGUUGGAGAAAAGUCAUGUGAUGGAGUGUUUCAUGGAUGAGAUGUCGCGUGAGGGGUUCUAUCCAGACCGUACCAACAUUGAGCGUCUAGCGGGGGAAAUGGAAUACUAUCCUUCUGUAGGGGGACGUAAGUAUGCAAGGACAGGCUGCAAGCAGGUGGUGGCCAAGGUCAACAUGCUAUGAACAAACUAUUGGGAAGAUGUUUGAUUUGCCAUCUGUUUUAGUGAAAUUGAAAAAAGACAAUACUUGUAGACAGCAUAGACUGGUACUCUGUGUGCAAAGGAGGGACACUCAUGAUUGGGAAGUGAGCAAUAAAUGUUUUCAAAGACAAACUUUAUGGGCAAGAUUUUUGUACAUUUUGUUACAGAAAUUCUUUACAUCUAACUUAUGUAUUUGUUGGUAUUUUCAAAAAUAAGUGUACAUUGAAUGUAAUUUAUACAAAUAAAAUAAAAAUCUGAAUUACAUUUAGGCUGAUAGGCAUAAGCCUCGUGCACCUUAAAUAAUAAUCAGAAAAUUGAGUGAAAAAGAGAUAGGACGUUGACAAAACGUUUUUUUUAUUAGUAGAAUGUCAUCAUUUUAAGUUGAUACAAAUGGUACUGUCUCCAAAUGCUCAGAAUAAAAUAACAAAUGUUUUAUAAUCAUGAAAAGCAAUGGACAAAUCUAAAUACAAAUUGGACUGGCAGGAGUCAUCUCUUACAGAACUAGAGAGGGUACAAUUUCUGGGGAAAUUGUAGGGUGUGCUUGCUUGCCUU